AGCAAGAAGAUGGGAGAGCAAAAUCAGCUCUGUCUUUUCAUUGUUUUAUUUUUAAAUUUUAAAAAAUUUUUCUUUUCAAAAAAAAUUUUUUUUCCUUUUCAUUGUUUUAGAGAGCCCUGAGAACCACCUUGAAAUUUCCAAGUUAAACUGCAGGCUGAGAUGAAACUAAGCUUCCUUUUCUUAAAUGAGGUUGCCUUAUUGGGCAGGAGAGACUGUAGGAAGGGGGCAAUGGUCCGGAGCACAUGGCAGCCGCAGGUGCAUAGCUGGGGAGAGGCGUUCUUGCCUCUCACGGCCAGAUAAACAAGCGCCUCAACCCACAUACUAGCUUCCCAGGAUGGACAUUUGUUCUUGUCCUAAGAAUUGUCUAAGCCUAAAAUCGAGUAGCAAAGUCUAGGAACCCCACCUCUCCUAGCUCCUCGAUGAUGGGUCCCAGGUCAGGUUGUUCCUAGAGAGCCGGUCUCCUGCAGCUCCCAGUCCCUCACAGGCCUCUGCCCUGUCCACUGUCCACGUGGUGCCAGAAGGGGAGCAGGGGGGCCUCCCCCCCUCCCCGUCCAGUGCUGCUGCUGCUCUCCCCAGGAGGGAACCCUGGUCUUCAGAAAGUUUCCUUUGCCUUCCUCUGGCCAUUGCAGGCUGGAGGAAUGAAAGCUUCCUCUCUAGUCUGGAAAUGGGUAAAUGAUGCGAGUAAUUUACGGGCACAUCAGCCCUGAGUGCAUAAGUCAUAUGUGCACAAAGGGGCCGGGUAAAUAUUUAAAGAUUAGAGCCAGCUGGGGAGAAAUACAAAAGGCUGGGACAAUGAGGGUCUCUCUGAAUUCACUCUUCCUGAGCUGGGCCAGCCCGGUCAGCGUUGAUGCACUCACUGGAGUCCCAGCCUUUGUCCCUUGAAGGGCCCUUGGCUGCCCAGCUAUUCGAAGUCCCAAUACAGCUGAAGAGAGUUAAACAAUCGCGGCCUCUCCAACCCCAUCUGGAGACAAUUGGCUGAGUCGUUUCGGAGCUUUUGCUGUGUCCCCAUAGUUAAUUACAUGGAGCAAUCACUUCAUUCCACUGUGAAAUGCAUCUGCAGAGGGGAGCAGCUAUCUCCCUCCAGUCACCCGCUCCCACAGUAGCCUGCAAAGCCCUCACCAGUGAGCAAUGGUUUAGAUGCCCCAAAGGGCAGAAAGGAAGGGGCUCCCACCCAGGACCAGAGGCGGCAUAGAGCCAUCUCUUUGGAUGAGCGGUGGGACAUCUUAUGGGGCUCUUCUCCUGGGGCCUGCAAGCCCCCCUUCUUUGUUUCCAGACCAGACACAAUGUUCUUUCUUUUGCCAAAGUCAUGAAAACCAAAUAGUGGAGAGGGUGAAGGCACAGGCUACUUUUUGCCUUCAGUUCUGCAGCAAGAGAAAGGAGGGGCCCUGAGCAGCCUUGGAGGGCCUGAGAGCCCUCGGCAGUUACGGAAAAAAGUUUUUUCCUUGAAUGAGCAGAGGGGGGCCUGGGUCUCCCCAGCACUCCUCCUGGACCUGUGCUCCUUUCCAGGCUGCCUUGGGGACCCCAGAUGCUAAAGAUGGAAAGGGAGUCAGUGGCCUACAUCCCAGCUUGCGUAAGCCCCGUUUCUAAGUUGGUCCAUGCCCUUCCCGGCAGUUUGAGAGCACUUUGUCCUGCUUGUCCCCAGAGAGGACAGGGUGAACCCGCUGCCGCACUCCCCUCUGCCUCUGAAAAGCCUCCCCAGUCGCUGUGAACUCCUUCAGAGCCCGCCCUCCCUGAGGUUGUGCUAGGAUGCCCAGAUUCAGGACGAGCAGACAGAGUGGGGGGCUGGCGUGGAGGAUGGAACCAGAGCCUUCACCUGGGUUUCUGGGGAAGGUCCUGGUAGAGACUCAUCUGCUUUCCUUUCCAAUGACCUAGCCAGAUGUGAAGCCUGAUAGCUUUAGCUCAGGAGAGGAAGCCGGCUUCGGGAAGGAGCUCGAAUUGGCGGUAAAGCUGGGAUGGUGGGGAGGAAGCUGUCUCAGAGCUCAGGGAAGGGGAAGGAUGGAAAUCGCACCGAGAUCCCUUCCGGCCUUGAUCCUGCCCUACCCUCAGCGGUUUAAGGCCAGGAGCCGGCCAAAGUGGCUGUUUGUAGUGGAGCCACGCGGGCUGGGGGUCACAAAGUAACGGGGGUCAUUCCAUGUGGGGAGACCCCGCCCGAGGACGGCCGCAGGGGAGUGGGCACUACGGACGGGGCAGGGGUGGUGGGUGUGGGGCGCAGCGGAGGCGGAGGCCCAUUAACUGGAACCGGGCGGAGCGUGACGGCUGAGAAUUCCACCCCGGCCGCCCAGCCGGCCUCGCCUUCCGCAGCCAAAGCAGAACAUUGCGAAUUAGCGCAUUUUGCGGUCAAUUUUCCACUGCUUAAGAAACACUAAGCCACCCACGGCGACUAAUGCAGCGUCGCCGGCCAGAGCGUGAAGAGCACAGAAAGGCUUGCUGGCGAGCACGCCUGGCCUCCGCAUCUUCAUCAGUCCCAAGGAGGCUCCAGCCCUGUCACAGUCAUUCGAGCAGCCCAGAGCUGGCUGGGCCCAUGGACCUCCCCCAGUGGGCAAUUCCCAGAACGUUCAGAGACACGGGGCAGUAAGGACUUGGCAAGUGGGCUCAGAGAUCUCCAAGCCGCUGAUGGAGAAGAAGCGACGCGCACGCAUUAACGUGUCGCUGGAACAGCUGAAGUCGCUGCUGGAGAAACACUACUCGCAUCAGAUCCGGAAGCGCAAGUUAGAGAAGGCUGACAUCCUGGAGCUGAGCGUCAAGUACAUGAAAAGCCUUCAGAACUCCUUGCAAGGGCUCUGGCAGGUGCCCAGCGGAGCCGAGUACUCAUCGGGCUUCCGCAGCUGUCUGCCCGGCAUGAGCCAGCUCCUCCGGCGCGGAGAGGAGGGCGACGGCCCGCGCUGCUCCCUGGUGCCGCAGCGCGCGGGUGGCAGCACCACGGACAGCGCCAGCCCCGGCCAGAAGGCGCCCGCGCUAUGCGGCCCCUGCGCCCCCACGGUCUGGGCUCCUGCCCCGGCCACCGGCGGCCCGCGGGCCCAACCUCCCCGGCUCCUCUUCCCUGGAGGUCUCCCCAACUCGCCCGCCAGCGUCCCAGCGCCGCCGCCAGCGUCGCGCCUUUGCGCCGAGAGCCCGGGGCCGGGACUUCGCGUAUGGAGGCCGUGGUGAGGCCCAGGCACGGCCUCGGACUCAAGGGGGUCCCCAUCUGGGCUGGGGACACAGUGACUAUGUUGAGCUUGCCUAUGGUGACUUUUGAGACCCCUCAAUCGCCCGUUCUGGUCCCGGGGCGGGGUUGGCCCGGAGAGCGCUGCGCACGCGCGAACGCAGGGACAUACGCGGAGGCACGCGCGUACCGGGUCUGCGCGUCCAGGCAUAAUCCAUCCCCACUCCAGUCCCACCUACCCAGGCCGGAUCCUCUCGCUCCUCCUCCCAUCCUCUAGUGGGGCUGGGAGGGGGGUGUCCUGGGCUGCGCCCCUUUCCCAGGGGCCCUGGCGGGCAGUCCGCCCCCGCCCCCGCCCAGCGGCCGCACGCCUGUGGGAAGGUAGCAGUUGGCCGCGGGGCAGAGAGGACCCCUCGCAGCGAGGAGAAUCGCUGCCCCGCCCCGGCCCAUUCAGCCGGCCGCGGGCGCCCGGUUCCCACAGCCACAAAGCGCGCCGGGCCCCGCCCUGCCGGCGAGGGGCCCCCAGGCCGACCCCCACCCAGGACCCUCUCGGCUUCCACCGACUCCUUCGCCCUCCGCCAGCGGCGCAGCACCCCCGGCUGGCGCAGUCUCCAAGGCCCGCCCCUCAGAAG